CAAAAGCCAGUCAAAUUUUUUUCGGAGCGAAGUUAACAGCGUCGGCCGGCAAUAAUGUGGAGAACGGUAACGAGACACCGGAUUUCGCUAUGCACGAGAGGAAUGAUUAACCAUUAAUCGUACUUUGAUCUCAUCGGACACUCGAAUCGAGACCGUUCCGUUCGUAUAUUUGCACCUCGCGUCAUUAACCCUUUAUGUAACAACGCGUGGCUUCUGAAAUUUCCAUAUCAAUUAAACCUAUAUAUACAUAUAUAUAAAUAAAAUUUUUUAUUAUAUAUAAUAUUAUAUUAUAUUAUAAAAUUUUAUAUAUAUAUAUAUAUAUAUUUUUUUUUCGAAGUAUUCUUUUGUAAUUUCAACAGCUUCGUCGUUGCAUCGGUCGGUCUAUUCGUAGCAUAGCAGUGAUCAGUGAUUUCUGAAUUGCUGCUUUGUUGAAAUUGUGCGAUUUGUUGUUGCGCGAGUAUGAAAGACUAGAGAGUUGAUAUAAAAUUAAUUAGAAUUAAAUUUUUGUGAUUUAUCGUUCACGAUUGAUCUAGCUUUCCUUUUUUCUUCUUUUACUGAAAGGAUACGUUUAAUAAUAAUUGAUUAUCCUUUGAGGGAAAUGGAGGACACUUUUAUAAUCUCUGAAUAUACCAUUUCUUUUAUAAUGUUUUAUAUCAAAUGUCUCUCCCAACACUGCAAUGCAAAAGUUUCCAUGGACAAGAUGAUCUUUAUUUACGAACAAACUGAAAUAUACCGUUUCAUGUACGCACAUAAAUCAAUAGUACUGUUCGAUUCACAAACUGAAUAUAUGAAUAUAUAAAUUCAUGAAACCUACGAAUUGAAAUGUAAAAUAUAGAACUAGAUGAAACAAUUUUAUUAAGGGAAAGCUUUUCUCCGUCAUAUCGUUGAAAAAUAAUAAUCUCAGACUUUAAUAAAUCGUGAUGAUUCUUGAAAAGAAUAAAAAAAUGUAAAUCAUGAACUUUCAUCCCCGUUUUACGGUUCAUUUCAUUGUAGUAAUUGUAUUGCAUUGAUUACUAAAGAAUACUUCAUAAUAUACUUUGCUACGAUCUACUACAGUUAUAUUUUAUCGAUACGCGUGUACUUUUACUGACAUGAAAUAUUUACUUGUUAUCCUACUAGGCUUGAAGUCUUAGAUCCUCAUUUUAUUAACAGCCUGUGCGUUUAACAUUUUCAACUUACAAACGAGCCAAUCAAUCGAGCAAUAAAUUUUUUUAUGUAUGUUCACAUUCUGUCAAUAAUUUUUACGACAUCUUUCAAAACGUUAUGACAGCGAUAUGAUAACGAACUUAUUGCUCGACGUAUUUCGACAAACCGUUUAUUUCUUCUAAUUGGUCGAACGAAUUGGAAGUGGCCAAUCAAUUUAGACAAUCACGAUCAAGCGAAAGCGUGGUCUGCGAGCCAACAACGGCCGCCUAACGUUUCCUUCCUUCGUUCGGCAUUUCAGAACGCGGUCACGCGAAAGGACAACAGGAAAAGCGCGCGACAGCUAAGCCAUUAAUUGCUUUUCCAUUUUCCAGCUGACCCUCGUGCUUCUCUGUAUCGGACUAGCAACGUCAGAUUUAUCGCCAUAUAAACCAAGGGGAUGGCGUCCUAAUGGUCAACGCUUUAAUCCCGCCAACAAUCGAUUGCAUGCGUAUUACGGGCCCCCUGGAUUACCAGCCUAUGAACCUCCGUACUCGACAAGCCAGGCCCCAAUUUUCACCACCACUGCCCUGCCGUCACCGAUCACCACGACGACGACGACGAUGAAAACCACAACGACCCCGCGAACCAGGGAACCAACGACGCCCACUGCCAUUCCGCAGGAAGAUUUCGAUUCGAAUCCAGCGCUGGCCAUCGCCAAUUCCUUCGCCUUUAAUCGGCCUGUUUACAUUUACAACACCUUCCCGUUCUUACCUGGACAACACAGUUUCGUGUUGGCCAAAUGAGCAAUUACGGAUGAGCAUCGUUCGUCGUUUACCGUUCGUUUGCUUUUGUAGAAGAGCUCAGUUGAGAGAAGUAAAUUCUGAAAUAGUGGAAAAUUACUAUUUUCAUCACUUGGAAAUACUUGUCUUCCUGCAACAUGAAUAAUAAUACUGAGAGUGGCCAUUAUUGUGAACUGUAACUAGCUGUAGUGACUAUCCUAAAUUGACUAAUAGUCAAUUUUCCCAUUGAUUCUUCUAUUCUUCAUCGAUCGUCAUGUAUGACUCAACGAACAAACCUUACCAAUUUGUUCCUAAUAAUUAGAGAUAAGAAUGUUUUGAGUGAUAGUGGUAGGUUGGUGCAUAUAAAAAUAUUAUUCUCUUAUGUUAGACUUUAAAUUAGAGGGGAUUAAGUAAAGUGUGUUUGUAAUUAAAGCGAUUACCUGUUUGUUUCGAAUUACCUGU